GUGCAGAAGUAUGCUCCAGCUAGCGAGGAGCAUCUGUCUCCAGAGCUACAGGAAUGGGCACCAUAUUCACCGAAACGGUCUGCUAGGCACAGUGAAGGCUUUGCGCCUGCCACCUUAUACGCUGGCGGCAUGUCAGCAGCAGGUACUGUACCAAGAAGCUUAGCACCAUGCCCUGCAGUAACGGCUGGCAUGAGAAAUCCAAUCUAUACUGCCUGGAGCCAUAGAGUUCACACCAGCAAUUGUCCAUCAGUCGCCAGCCAGAUAUGCCAUCAGCAUCUGCAUCCCAGUUCCCAGCAUCAAGGUCGCCUGAGUUUGGACCUAAGUCAUAAACUCUCCAAUGACUACUCUGAAAAUUCACGUACAAGAGCGUCUCAUGGCUCAAAUUCAUUACCAUCCAGUGCAAGACUUGGUUCUUCGAGUAACUUGCAAUACAGAACAGAACGAAUUAAGAUCCCUUUAACACCAAGAUAUCCAAGGUCCAUGAUGGGCUCUGACAGAGGCUCCUUGUCACACUCUGAAUGUAGCAGUCCCAGCUUGAUAACUCCUCCACAAUCACCUCUUAACUUGGAAACGUCUUCCUUCGCCAGCAGCCAGUCUCAGAACUCCCUUUCUACGUUACCUAGGAUUUCCAUUAGCCCAGUAUCUGUUGGAGAACGUAGAAAAGAUAGGCCCUACAUGGAAGAGCCACGUCAUGUUAAAGUGCAGAAGGGUUCUGAGCCACUAGGGAUUUCCAUUGUGAGCGGAGAAAAUGGUGGAAUAUUUGUCUCUAAAGUAACAGGUGGGAGCAUUGCCCAUCAAGCUGGCCUUGAGUAUGGUGAUCAGUUACUAGAGUUUAAUGGAAUAAAUUUGAGAAAUGCUACAGAACAACAGGCUCGACUAAUCAUUGGACAGCAGUGCGACACCAUUACUAUUCUGGCUCAGUAUAACCCACAUAUGUAUCAGCUUGGCAAUCAUUCACGAUCAAGUUCUCACCUAGAACCUGUGAGUAAUCAUUCCACCCCUCAAGGCAGUGGAGCUGCAACACCUGACAAUCAUUCUGUAAUAGAUACUGUGAGUGAACAGGAUGAAGGAACAAUGACACCCCCAUCCAAACAAACCACUCCAACUACAAGUCCCCGGAAUUCCUUAAGGAGCCCUGUGGACACAAACAAAAGGACCCCUGAACCUAGAACUGUUGUUGUUAAAAAAUCCCAAGUGGAUCUUGGGAUCCAAAUAUGUGGUGGAAACCUGUAUGGAAUAUUUGUCUCAGAUGUAGAUGAUGAUAGCCCAGCAAAAGGACCUGAUGGACUAGUCUUGGGUGACAUGAUACUUGAGUAUGGGUCCAUUGAUAUGCGAAAUAAAACAGCUGAGGAAGCUUAUCUUGAAAUGUUGAAGCCUGGAGAAAACAUCAAAAUAAAGACUCAAUACAGAAUAGAAGAGUUUACUAAGAUAAAAGAGCUUCCUGGAGAUGGAUUCUAUAUCAGAGCACUUUAUGACCGUCUGGCAGAGGUGGAACAGGAUUUAAGCUUUAAGAAGGAUGAUAUUUUGUAUGUUGAUGACACUCUGCCACAGGGAAACUUUGGUUGCUGGAUGGCUUGGCAGCUAGAUGAGAAUGCUCAGAAGCUGGAAAGAGGACAAAUUCCAAGUAAAUAUAUGAUGGAUCAGGAAUUCUACAGGAGACACAGCAUGUCUGAGGCUAAAGAUGAAAACAGCUCAUCUAAGACAUUGUCAGCAGCAGCACGGAGGUCAUUCUUCAGAAGAAAGCAUAAACACAAGCGAAGUGGUUCCAAAGAUGGAAAGGAUUUACUGGCUCUUGAUACAAUCAGUACAGACUCAAUCCCUUUCUUGGAUGAUUCUGCAAGCCUGGCAUAUCAGCGUGUACAGAAAGUGGACUGUACCUCUCCUAGGCCUGUGCUUAUUCUAGGACCUUUACUUGAUGCUGUGAAAGACAUGUUGGUCAAAGAAUCCCCUGGAAAAUUUUGCAGAUGUCCUCUUGAGGUUAUGAAAGCUUCCCAGCAAGCCAUUGAACGGGGUGUGAAGGAUUGUCUGUUUAUUGAUUAUAAACGGAGGAGUGGACAUUUUGAUGUGACAACGGUAGCUUCAAUAAAAGAGAUAACAGAAAAGGAUUGUCAUUGUCUGCUUGACAUCGCUCCUCAUGCCAUCGAACGGCUCCACAGUGUUCAUAUCUACCCUAUUGUAAUUUUUAUUCGCUACAAAAAUGCUAAACAAAUCAAAGAGCAAAAAGACCCAAUCUUCCUGAGGGACAAAGUUACACAAAAACAUUCCAAAGAACAGUUUGAGACAGCUCAAAAAAUAGAACAAGAGUAUAGCAAGUACUUUACAGGCAUUGUCCAGGGAGGAGCCCUUUCAAGCAUUUGCACUCAGAUUAUGACAACUGUCGACCAAGAACAAAACAAAGUCCUGUGGAUCCCAGCUGGCCCGCUGUAGACUUACUUCGUUGUGAAACUACUUUGCGGAUGUAAAUAACCAACUAACUUUCUAUCCAAUGGACUCUGUCCAUUUCUGUCUUUAUAAAGAUAUCCAUAAGUGAUUUCUGUUUCAUGAAGGGGAGUGAUAACACUGAACACACAAGGACCCAACGAGGCAUGUGGGAAGGGGUAGAUCACUUCACCGAGCUUGUCUCUUACGUCGUACAUGUACACGUGACAGGUUGUCACGAGGGGUUGUGACCUGCGUGUACUUGUCCAUGAGUAACAAAUUUAACAAUGCUGCAAAACCCUGUAGAAUGACAAGUUUACAAAAACCUUUUCAAAGUAUUUGGUUGUUGCUCUUUACUUGAAUGUCUUUUGUUUUGUUUUUUUUUUAACUCUGUGUCCUUUCAUUUAAUGAGGUAACUCUCCAAAAUGGAGUGAAAUGUCUGAAUAUGAGUGAAUGGUUUAUGCACAAUGUGACUCUUAAUUGCAAUUUUGACCAUUUCUAAGCACAUUGUUGACUUGACAACCAGGUAAUAAUGUGGGAUUGAAUCGGUACGUCUUGGGAGUAAGCUCAGAAGGAAGUACACUCCUCUACAGGGCAGACCACUGUUUGUAUCCUGUCAAGACUUGUCUGUCAAAGAUAUUGUUUCUUGUUUUAUGCAUGAAUCUAAUAUUUAAAUGUCAUAAUAUAUCUGAACAAUCCAACGCGUGUUAAAAAAUA